AUGAGCGCCACUUUUUCUUACGCGCAAGCCGCCAAAGGCGCUGCCGGAAAUCCAGUGUCCAGCAAGCCUGCUUCAACUGAACCCGAGAAAGCUGAGCAGAAGGUUGAGGAACAGACUGAGAGCAUUGCAGCUCAAACCGAGUCUGUGACCACGGCCUCCGAGACAGAAACCCCGCAAGAGAUGGAGACCUCUACGACAAGUGUUGACAACGAUGCCGAAUUCACCACGGUGACCAGCAAGCACGUCCAGCGAUCAAAGGCGAACAACUCCCGCACUGCAUCUCCGAGUGUUCGUUCAAAUGCCACUCAGUCAAAGGAUACCGAUUCCUCCAAUACCACGAAUGGAAGUGCCGCCCCAUCUGAGAAGCAGGCACAAUCGGAGGCCAAGGCUGGGAAGUCCGACAGUAGCUCUGAGAAGUCCAAGGACAAAGCUGAGAAGUCUGAGAAGUCUGAAAAAUCGGACAAGGGGGAGAAGUCGGAGAAGCCUGCUCCACCAAAGGAGUUGAAAGCUGCCCCUCUUCCAUCUGUCAACAUCUGGCAGCAACGAAAGGAAGCUCAGGAGGCCAAGGCCAAGACCGUGCCAGUAGUUCCCAUGGCAAAGCCCAAAUCCGAAGAGUCCACGCAAGAUCCUGCCAAGGCUGGCACGAAGAAGAAGGGUGCCGAUAGCACAGUGGAUGGAACCAAGGGUAAGAAGUCUGAUGGCAAGGGACGUGAUGAAGGCAUCCCGCCCGUCGCAGAUGCGUCUUCGUGGCCGACUCCCCAGACUGCUCUGGGCGAGGAUAAGAAGAAGGCCCAGGAGAAGGGUGAUAAGCCGGAGCGAACCGACAAGAGCCCCGUCGCUCGCUCCCAUGGAAAGGAGAAAUGGAUGCCGGUCAACUAUGUCCCCACGGCUGUGUUCAACACCCCACUCCCCACGACGUCCGGCCGUGGUGGUCGCAGAACCACUCGAGGAGGACGCGAUGGUGGUCGCGGUGGUCCUCACGGAAGCAGCGCCGCAUCCACCGAGAAGACUGGCUCUGGUCAGCCUGGUGCAACUGCUGCUGGAAAGCAGGGGCCUGGAGAGCGCGGCCGCCAUGACAAUGGAGCUGCUCGUGCCGCCUCCCUCCCUGCGCAAGGCCGGCGCUCUGCCAGCGCUGAUGUCAGCAACCCGGAUGCACGCAAGGCUCAACAUGUGGACCGUGGCCGUGCUCCCCGUGGUCCAGAGGACAGUGCUGUCAAUGGCCAAAAAUUGAACGGUGGUGAGCAGGCACCCCGCCCCAUGCGUGACGGGAAGCAGUUCUUCAAGAACCAGGAAGGCCGAGCCGGUGACCGUGGUGCCAAGGGUGCCCAUCUGGCCAUCGAUGCUCAAGCUACUGCUCGUGCCACUGAUCGCCGCGUCGAGUCCGGCUCCAAGUCCGCAGACCCCAGUCGUGAUGCUGCGGGCUUCCACGACUUUAAUCGCGAGCGUGGGGAUAACCGUGCGGACCGUGGAGGUCGCCACCCCAACCGUGCUCCUCGCCCGUUCACGAACUACAACCAGCACAACCAGUUCGGCAUGGGCAACACCUUUGUGCCCGGUAAGUUCGGCUUCAACGACCGCCAACGGUCUCAACAGCACACGGUCCAAAACAACCAACAGCAAGGCAACCGUAUGCCCAUGCGAUCACCAUCAUUGCCCGCUUCCGGCGGCAUGUACAACCCUGUGUACACGUACCCCGCUGAGAUCAACACGAUGUACCCCUCAUACUCUAACGUGGCCCCCGGUCCAAUGAGCGCUGUUCCCUAUCAGCAGUACAUGGAGCCUUUCGCCUUCAUGAACAUGCUGUCUAUGCAGCUCGAAUACUACUUCUCGGUUGACAACAUGUGCAAGGACAUGUUCCUGCGCCGACACAUGGAUUCCCAAGGAUUCGUCCCACUGGCCGUUGUCGCUGGCUUCAAGCGCAUGAGAACUUUGACCGAAGACUUCGAGAUGCUUCGUCACGUAUCACGCGGUCUUCGAAAUGUGGAGUACCAAAUGGGCGAGGACGGCGUGGACCGUCUUCGACCGAGGGAAAAGUGGGCUCAGUGGGUACUCCCUGUUGAGCAGCGGGAGCCCUGUGCCCAGCACGAAGGUGCUCCGAUGGCUCAGGUCACCGUGAAGCACGACGAACCAAACACCACAUCAAACCACGCCGACGCCACCUCGAACGGCUCCAUGCACCCCGGAUCUCGCCCCUUUGUCCCCAAUGGCACUGCAAACGGUGUUCCGGAGUCUCGAAUUUCUCUUUCGUCGGCCGCCGCUGAGUUCCAGCCAUCCCAGAAUGAGAUCAGCAACGUAGGCAUUCCCCUGACCCGUCCUGGAUCCAAACCCAGCCCCCAAGUCCGAGGCUCCCACUUCAUUCCCAUGGAUAUUUCGGAUAUUAACGCGUCCCUAGCGUGCGGAUUAAACCCACAGAACAGCCAGUCGAUCCACUCUUCCUCUGAGACGCAGUGGUGCCAGCCAAGGUUUGUCUCAUCGCACAUACGAUGUCUGAAGCCAUGUACUGACGAUCAGGUUCUCUUCAUUUAUCAGUCACUUUACUCACGAACGGUACACGACCCAACUGUCUCCGUCGGGUUCUAA